AUGAAGUUUGGUAAGACGUUUGAGAAAGAACUGGAGGAGGAUGAAAUCCCCGAGGAAUGGAUUGAAAAGUCCAUCCACUACAAACCUUUGAAGAAGAGUAUUAAUAGGGUUGUUGAUGAGAUGGAAAGAAUUGGACUGUCCAAACAUGUUGCAGCUGACCCAGAGCAUUGCCACUUAUACUAUGAGUUUGAAAGACACGGCGACUCCUUGGAGGCGCGUUUGAAGUUCGAAGGAAACAGUGACGAUGAGACGGAGAGCAUACGGUCAGAGAGGUUGAAACUUGCUAGUGACCACGAAUUCUUUGACGACUUGUAUCACCAGUAUACGGAGCUGGAGCAGUUUAACCAAUCUCACGAGGAAGAGCUCUUGACAAAGAUUCAACUUUUGAGCUCAAUGAUUAAACAACUUACAGAUGGGAACAAUAAACACAAGAGUGAUAUGUACCUGUGGAGAGAGAUUUUCAACCAAUAUGUUGAUUUCAAACUGGAUUUGAAGACCCAUUUCAACAGAAAGACGUUCAACCAGUUCGUUCAGCACAUCACAGAGUUGAAGCUGAUCAAAUCGUUCAAGCAUACAAAGCAGAAUGAGAAGUUCUUCAACAAAUUCUGCGACCUGAACUUGGAGUUGAUACAGUUUUUGAAAUUCGAAAAGCUGAAUGCCAUUGCAGUGAAGAAGAUCAUCAAAAAAUUCGACAAGCAUACGAUGCUUCAAUCAAGGAAGAACCUGACGAAGAUGGUCACCUUUCACGAGUCCAAAUUGUCCACACAGUCCAUGGAACAGAUCAUCUGUACGGACAUCGUUAGAGUGAUUCCACAGUUAGACGACUACCUCUGUCCUAUUUGCUUUGCCAUUGCGUAUAAACCAGUGAGACUCUCGUGCGAUCAUUUCUUCUGCUUGAGAUGCAUGAUCAAAUUACAGCGUCGUGGUGAAAAGAAAUGUCCAAUGUGUAGGGACACCGUUGUUAUGGAUGCUACAGAACAGAACAUUGAUUAUCAAUUGAUGGAGCUCAUGAAGCAUCAGUUCCCUGAUGAAGUUAAGAGUAAGAAGAAACUUAACGAUCGUGAAGUUACAGAGGAAUCAUUACAGGCAUUGUACGGUGGUGGUCAAUGCACAAUAGUUUAA